AUGGUGAAUGGAAAGACAAUAUCCGACAUUCUCACCCAGAAAGGGGUGCCCACGAUCAUCGCCAACCCAAACUACGAAUCGCCUCCUGACACCAGCGUCAAUGAAGGCUCGCUGAAAAAUCGAGCCUCCACCGAGGACAACCACUACAAUGCUACGUUUUUCCUCAACGACGAGGACUAUACCCGAUUUGUCUACGAUGAGUUGGACGAGGACGAGGAUUUCCUCGACUUAGUAGACAAGUUGGCCGAUUUGUUCCCCACAUACAGAAGAACCGAGUUGAAGAUCCGGGUCAAGUUGAGUGAAGACAUCGACGUGCUCGUAGAAGAGCUCUUCUUGGAACAGGAGACCAACGAAUUGGUCGAGGCAGUGCGUGCCGAAGAAAGCUCGAUAAUAGUCGAGCAGCAAAAGCCCGUUUAUUCCCCAGCAGUGUAUCAACUAAAGGAUAUAUUCCCCACAAUCGACAACGACACACUCAAGUUUGCCCUAGAUGAAGCACACGGCGAUUUGCAGAUAGCAACAGACAACCUUCUCACCGGUACUGUGUCAUCAUUCAAGCCUGCCGAACCUGUCACAGGCAGUGUAUGGGGGUCGAUACAAGAAACCGCCAGCAAAUUGAGCAGCAUUACUGAGAUUCCUUUAAGUGAUGCCACCAGCUUUUUACAUGCCAGAAAUGGUAACUUUAUAGAGAGUUUAAUAGCGGUGGUCCUCACAUACACAAGGAACCCUCUAGUGGCAUCCACGGCACCUAGAGAGCAAAUACCUCGAGGAGGAAGAGUCCAAAGAGGCGGUGCCAAAAUUGCAGGUAGAGUGGGGAACGGAACUCCCGUUCCAGUGCCAGUGCCGUCUCAAAGUUACCGAUUCAGCCCACAAAGUGGGGAGUAUCAAGAAUUAUUGGCCUUGUUGCGCAGCAAUGCCCAAUUUAGAGGAAUUGGCAUGCGGUUUUGUGAAAAGGCGUUGGUGCUCUUCAAUGGAAACCCGUUUAAAGUGAUCGAUAUAUGCCGUAUGGUGGUUGAGUACAACUGUGAGCAUUUGACCAAGAAGAAGUCAGUACCUGUUGUACCAAAGGCUCUCGUUCUGGGAGUCAAAAUGGCGCCACCAGAAAACCCAAACUUGAGUAACCAAUUUGCUAGAUUUAGAACCAAAUCCAGGGUGAUCAACGAGCCAGAGAGACAAACGCAGAGUGAACGUUUGGCUGGAUUUCAACGUACAGGAGAAAUAGAUUUGCAUGGACUUAAAGUCACCACAGCAAUUCUUGUCACCCAAAAGGCGUUGAUUUCUUGGUGGAGCAAGGAAAUCUCUGCCAGAGAAUAUGAAGGAAACCUUCGUCGGUACGGAAGCAAAGCCGUUUUCGAGGGUCCUGCGAGGAUCAUCACGGGGAGAGGACUUCAUUCCGUAGGGGGUAUUCCUGUGAUUAAGAUGGGAAUAAAGAACUAUCUUACCAAGAAUAGAUAUGUCUACGAAGAGCUCGUGGGAAGUUAUGUUGUGUUGGGGAAGAGAAAUUAG